CUUAAUGAAAUUUUAAUGAAAAGUGAAAGAAUGAAAGGUUAACCGGGUGAAAAAAUAAAUCAACCCACAAUCAAUUGAAUGGCAAUAAUUUCAAUCAAUUAAAAGAUCAAUAGAUUAGCAUUGAAUUUGAAAGUGAUAUAGCUGAUAUGAUAAUCAAAAAUAUAUACAGACAUAAUAAAACCGCGUGGCAUACCAUGAAUCGGAGGCAACAACGUGCUUGCACAGCAACACGAUUGGUUAUGGAGAAAUGGAUGCAGAGAAGAGGGAGAGAAGGCAGUACGCCUUGCAUUAUAGUUGAACAGCAUAGCACACACGUGGUGGGGAUCAUCCGACCACCACAAAACGGUGAAAACUUCUUACUGGCAACUUCAUUCACGUUUUAGUAAUCGGCAUUCACUCGCGAGCUGUUGCAGCACGCGGGAUCUAACAAGGUAAGGGACAGGUGAAUCGUUCAGUGAUCAUUUUACCACCCUUACAUUACAAUUGAUAAUAAUCACUCUGGAGAUUGAUUUUCUAGUGAUACAAACAUUUUUUUAUCAAUAGGUAUACAUUGAAGACUGGGAAAAAUUAAAUUUCAAGUUUCACUUGACAUUUAUAUAAGUUGUCAACAAAUAAUUCAAUGCUACGUCAAUAUUUUUCGUGGAAGAAAAAUUGAUUCAAUAAAAAUCUCAAAUUAAUCUUAGUGGGACGUUUGGCAACGGUAUUUACAGCACAGAAUAGUAGUCAUCCAGGUUACUCAGCUAGCACCUUAGAACUCGUGGAAAGUAGCUGCACGCUCCGUUUCACGUCGCAGACGUUAAGUUACACCCGUGUCUUCUUCUCCAACUGUGCCCGGCUUUUAUUUCUUUACGCGAAAGACUUUGAACCGCGCAAGUUACUCGAGACAUACGUCUAGACAUUGUCAGUGAGACCAGGAAUUAGAAUAAAAAAUCAAAACGGUGCAUAUCUCCAAGAAUUACAUUUAAUUAUAGUGUUUAAAUAAAUAUCAUGUAGACUUUAAUAAUUCUUUAGUGUUAUUAUAUUUUCAUACUUUUUUUAUUAAAUGACACUUUGAUUUUAAAUAAGUGAUAAGUGAUUGUGAAGAUUAAAACAAAAUCAUCAUGAUUGGAGCCAAGAUUAUACUAAUUUUGAUCUUCCUUGGUUCUGCUACUUGCACACAAAACGUUUCAAUGAGCCCUGCGGAUAUUCUACCGAGCUACGAUCCACAGUUUAUGGCUCGAUGUUACUUCCCAGCCGAAUUCCAGGGCGAGUUCGUGAUGCAGGUGAGCGGAAGCGGCGCCAGAGGCUCUUCAAAUACCAUCGAGCCCAUUCAAUACUCACCACUCAACAUCACCUACGACGCGAUACCUGUUUGGGGAUACUGUCAUAAGAGAGUUGGCGAUAAUGUUCUUCUCGUCGACAGAAUUGGAGACGGUCAAUGUAUCAGAUGUUUCCGGCUUAAAAGAAGAUCCCGCAACAUCAUUGAAGUCUUCUACGAGAAUCUCAACAGGUGUUAUACAUACGAGAAAGGUGCUCUUGAGUCAUGUGAAACACUAAACUCCACAGCAAUUCUUUAUCGCACAAAAGAACUUGGUGGGAUACCGAUUAGGAACGAGUUCUGCCCAAUAGCUGGGAGAUAUCAUUUCAAAUACAACAUCAAUGAUGGCACUGAAGACGAUAUGGAAUGCAACACUUUUUCAUCCAGUCUCGACAACUGUCCUGAUGGUUCAAUUUUCCGAUUGCAAUUUAAAAAAUGUUCUUUCCAAAUUCACGGAACAACCAAUUCAGUAAUGGAAAAUCGAACAACAGCUCUAGUAGAUAGAAAUAUAACAUUCAAUUGCUUGGGAAGCUGGCCAGGUAGACCCGAUGGAGCGCGGUAUAUUGCUCUUCUUGAUACCAGAGUUGAUGGAGAGCGUAGACCUCAAUACCGCUGUGGGUUAUAUCACGUGGAUAACAAGGGCAGAAUUUACAUGGCAUUUAGCAGUGAUUCAAGUUGCACACAAAAUUUAGAGAAUUCAACGAGUGGUUAUGAAACUUUGAUCCUCACUCGAGCUAUUAAUCAAAGAAGAAUGCCUGACUAUGUCACGACUCAUUUGGCAUCAUAUCCCAAGUGGGCACAAGGAGAAUGGGAAGAAUCUCUCAUUGUCAACGGUACCAUGUCUUUCAACGAUCUUAAUGGAUAUCGUAGCUAUACUUUCAUCACAGUUGAUUCCAAUGAUGAAACUGGCAGAUAUAUAGUUUACUCUAAAGAUCACUGUGAACAAGAAGCAUAUUUAUGUUUAAUGAUGAGGCAACGCAGUGAAAAUGUUUUGGAGUUCAAAAUUGGAACUGUUUCAUCCCCUGUAUAUGCAAGAUAUUUAUGUGAUGAUUUAAAUUUGGAUCGGGCUGACUGGAUGACUCAAGCACGUUUAGAAAGACUUGUAGAAUCUCCUUGUCCCAUCACUGGUCAUUACGUCGGUAGGAUACCUGAUCUUCCAGGCACGUGCGCCGAAUUGAGCAGCAACUGCAACACUCGUGAAAUAAUGUAUUACAAAGUCACCGAUUGUGAAUCUGGUGAAUUAUAUGAAGAGCGAACAUACUUGUGUCUUGGACAGUGGGAAGAAAAAGGAGUCAUGUACACAUAUACAAAGAGAAACGAUACAGAAACUAAUGAGUGCUUUGUUGGAUUAAUAGUUAAUGAUGAUGAAAUUUACAUAAAAGAAGCAGGAGAUCAUUGUCUUCGUAAUAUAGAUCCUCGUAGAGAAGGAAUGCGUCUCCAUAAAAAAGGUCAAUGUUAUGGAAAUUCUCCUAGUCCUGCACCUACGCCGAUAAAACCCAUUCCCCAUGAUCCAAUAAUGAGAAUAACAACACCGCAUUCACGACAACCUAGUAAUUCAUUAGCUACGACAAAGAAACCACCGAGAACAAUAUCUUCUUCAGCAUCGCAAAAAUUUGCUCAUGUACAUAUUUUUGCAUACAUGUCAGUAAUCUAUAUGAUUUAUACAAAAAUAAGCUUAAUUAACUUUGCAUAAUUGUCCAUAAAACUGCCUAAUAGUGUCAAGCUCACACUAUAAAUCAAAUAAAAAAAAACAUCUAUUUUGAUAUUUUCUGUGAAAUUUAUUAUAGAGUAGCACUUGUAAAAAACUGUUGUAUUUUAUAUUGAGAAACACUGACAGUUUUAUUUAAUUUAUAUAUCAGAUAUGUUAAUAAGAGUCGAAUUUAUGACUCCGGAAAUGUAAAAAGAAGGGUUUUAAGAAAUCCGUGAGUCAUCAAUAUUUAUUCUGUCAAUUACAGACAAUUUAGUAAUAAAUUUUCGUAAAACUUUUUUACAUAUUUACUAAAUACGAAAAAAAAUUAUAUAUAUAUAUAUAUAUAAAAUUAAUAUUUAUAUAAAAAAUAUUUUAUAAAAAAUUUAGACUGUUCAUCAUGAACUGUGUAUGUGAAAAAUAGAAAAUUUUUAGGUAAAUCAUGCUUUCUAUAAAAUAACAAAAUGAAUACAUAUCAGCAUCAAAUAUCGUAUUCAAAUUCAAUAAUUGUAUAGGGUAAAACAACAAUAAAUUCAACAUUUUUUCAUUGUAAAAAUAAUUAUAUUUACAACAUUUGAUGAAAUUUGUGAAAUUUUACAGUUAACGUAUUAUAUAUAAGCUUGAUUUUAUUUAAAUUAGUAUAGAAUUGAUAAUAAGGACAGUUAAUGUAAUAAAAAGUUAUAAACGAAAUGAUAAAACAAACUUUUAAUAGAUAUGUUUAAUAUUAACUGCCUUGUUACCAUGUAAGUACGUAUGUGAAUGUAAAUAUAUGUAAACUUGUUAAAAUAUUAUUUUAGUAGGUAAAAACUAUAUUGUGAUUGCCUCAAUGAGUGUGUGAAAGGAGGCUUGUCAUUAGGUGCAUUUAGUUUACACUCAGUUAAUGAGAUGCAAAUAAGUUGCAUCAAUUAAAGUAUAAGUAAAAACAAUCGUGUAAACAUAUAAAAAAAAUAUUUAUUUCAUAAUAAAGUAAUAUAAAAGUA